AUGGAUUUGCCCCAAAAUUACCAACAAUUGGAUGCCGGUUUGGCACCAUAUGGUGAUAUAACGACGGAGGAAGGUGGAAAGGACGACAGGUUUGCCAAUGCGGCGGGGAGGACCCAAGAAGUAGGAAAAGAGUAUAUUGAGGCUGUCGCAGAGGAACAGGAUCCAUCGAAUAUGUAUCUGUACGAUCGACCGCAAGUGGACCUAGAGGAAGAGUCAUUGGACUUCCGAGAAUCACAGAAAGGACAGAAAAAACGCCAGGAAACAGGGAACUCCGCUUUUGCAGCAACACAUCAGUUGGAAACACGGGGGAACGCACAGAGCUCAGAAUUGGCAAGUGUGACUGGCAAGCCCGUCGUAAUCGCGGACGUAAGUUCAGACCAGCACUCCCAUCCCUCGAUAGGCUCAGAGCACGCCAGCAUAGCAUCACACGAUGUGCCAGACAUCGACCCCGUCGCAGGAACGACAGAUGGGUCUGCAUUCAACCCGCCAAGCUCCACUGAACAGCCGUUUUACGUUAAUGCCAAGCAGUACUAUCGCAUCUUGAAAAGGAGAUAUGCAAGAGCCAAGCUAGAAGAGAAUCUCAAAAUUUCACGCGAGAGAAGACCAUACUUGCAUGAGUCGCGGCAUAAGCACGCUAUGCGUCGACCCCGAGGUCAAGGUGGCCGCUUCCUCACAGCCGCAGAAAUCGCAGAGCUCAAGCAAACGGAUGACCCCGAACCGGCUCUGAAUAUCAAACAACAGGACCCUGCAGCCAACGCUGUAAAAAAAGAACGUUUUGGAAGCCGACCAAUUUCGGCGGCACGCAUUGCACCGGGGAACCCUGCUGCAAUGGACGAAACAGUACAUAAAGACCCCACACGACAUUGA